UGCAGUGAACUAAAAGCUACUUUAGAAACGAUACAUAGAAAUGGCGAUCGUUGCUCAAUGUAUUUGGGUGAUUCGGGGUAUCCUUUGCAGCCAUAUUUGAUGACGCCAUUUCGGAAUGCAAGUGCUGGCAUUAGAGAAUUUUAUUUUAAUAAAAAACACGCCAAAGCACGAAAUAUAGUUAAACGGGCAAUAGCUGUUCUAAAAUGUUGCUUUCGAUGUCUUUCAACUGAAAGAAAGUUACAUUAUUCACCACAAGAGGCUACAAAAAUAAUUAAUGCUUGCUGCGUUUUGCACAAUAUAUGCUUGUACUUUAAGAUGACAACACCAGAAGAAGUUGCAAACUACAUAGAACCACCUAAUUUUACUGAAUUAUUGGAGGAGCGUGCUUCCACAAAUGAUGGGGAGCGUCGAAGAAACGAAAUUUUGUUAUCGUUAUUUUAAUAGUUUUACAUCCAACA